AUGGACAACUCUGCCCACUAUGACCCGCUCGCGUUCUCGCAAUACUCCCCACACCGUCCGCUCGACUCUGCAAUCUCCCUCUCCUCCUGGCACCAUCACCAGCACUCCCCGACAUCUGCCUCGUCUCCACCAGACCAAUCCCGCAUGUAUCCCAUCAUCAACAAUCCAAUCAAUCAUAUCGACUACACCUCGCCCCAGUUCGUCCACCAGCCCCCUAGCGCUUUCCUCCCCCAGCACGACGACGACCCCUCCCUGAACCCGAGCCACGCUCUCAACUUGGACGCGCCUCAGUUGCAGAGCAGCAUCGGCCCCACCAGGGUCCUCACUCGUCGCCAGCGCGCCGCCCAGGCCCACCCACACCCUGCUCGACCCGGGCCAGUCAACGACUUGGGCCUGUCCGGGGAAAACCAUGAC